AUGCCCGUAUUACGCUCAGCCUCGAAAGCGUCUAAAGCCUCUGAAAGCGACACCAUGCAGAAGUCACUUGGUACUGCAGCGCGUCUCUCGCUCGACAGCGCGGUGACACUUCGAUCAGGACACGCCAUGCCCCGCCUAGGGUUUGGCGUGUACCAGGCCCGUGGUGACGAGUGCAAGAACUCUGUCACCACCGCUAUCAAGGACGGCUACCGCCACAUCGACAGCGCCCAGGCGUAUAAGAACGAGAAGCUCGUCGGUGCCGGCGUGACCGCGUCAGGUGUUCCGCGCUCGUCCAUCUUUCUCACUACAAAGUUUAUGCCGGGCCACAGCGUGCCCACCGAAGACGAGGUGUACGAGCACCUCACGCGCUCCCCGAGCCGUAUCGACCUCAGCGCCGCCGCCGAAGGCCGGGAGGCGUACAUUGACCUCAUGCUCAUCCAUGCCCCGCGCCCCAACGAAGCUGCGCGUACUGUCCACUGGGCCGCGCUCGCGCGGGCCCAAAAGGAGGGCUGGAUCCGGGACAUUGGUGUGUCCAACUUUGGCGUCAAGCACCUGGCGGCGCUGCCGGGCCCCAUCCCGGCCGUCAACCAGAUUGAGCUGCACCCGUGGUGCCAGCAGCGCGACAUUGUAGAGUACUGCCAGGACAAGGGCAUUGUCGUGCAGGCCUACUGCCCCAUUGCGCGCGCCGAGCCGGGCAAGCUCAGCGACCCGACGCUCGUGUCCAUUUCGGAAAAGCACGGCAAGAGCGCGACGCAUGUUCUCCUCCGGUGGAGCCUGCAGAAGGGGUUCGUUCCCCUGCCCAAGUCGGUCACGCCGGCGCGUAUCAAGUCCAACGCCGAAGUGUACGACUUUGAGCUUGACGCAGACGACAUGGCGCGCCUGGACGCGCUGGACCAGGGCCGUGCCGGAUGCGUCUCGUGGAACCCCGUCGACACCGAGUGA